UUACCUUUCGUCUCCCUCGACUCAAAACAAUUGAUAGAUCUGGAGAAGGCCAUGGACAAAAAUCCGGAUGGUUCUACCUAUGUUCCAAAGGAAGCAAAGGAACUAGGAAGCCAGAUGAAGCCAAAUCCACAAGAUUCAAGUGAUUUGCAUGAAACAACCUUGAGUGAUAGUGAGAGGACACUAAUAGAUAGUUUUGAUAGUGAGAGGACACUAACAAAUAGUUUUGGAGAGAUCCAAGAUAUGGAUCUUGGUGGUGAAUCAGAAGUAGAAUCUGUACUUAUGCUUUCUCAAGAAAAAGAGGAGAGAUUGGUUGGUACUUCUGCAACUACACAUGCUAGCAGUAUCAGAAGCAUCCAAGAGAGAGGUCUUGGUGAUGAGUCUGAAGUUUUUUCUAGAGAGGUUGUUUCUCUCGAAAAACAAGUACACUCCAACGACAAAUACAUUGGUGUUAGAGUGAUAACUCCAGUGAAGUUCAUACCUGAACAUGAACAAAGUGCUACAUUUUUUUUGAAGGAAAACUCUUCCAAAAUCCAAAGUGGAAAGAAAUUCAAGAAAAGAUCUCGAGAAGAUAAUGGUGGGAACAAAACUCAGAAAUCAAGAAAUCCUAAUUUACAAGGGAAUGGCACUGGUGAGUCCAAAAGAGGAAGAACAAAUGGCCAAGGUUAG